AGCAAAUAGCAACGGAUGACGCUUUCCGUUACACUUACAGUUGAAAAUUUGAUGGAAGAUGAUAUUGUAUAAAAUUUUACCUAUUGAUAACAUACGUCUGGGAAUUAUCAAACUCUUUGAUAUGAAGUAGUGGCUGACAUUCCAGAAUAACAAUGGCAACAGCACGCAUCGCAAUAAACAACAAUUUCAGCAUGCAGAAGCCUAUAAGACCAGAACCACAUCGUAGUCAUGCUCCGGCCCCUAGCAGACAGUACCAGUGUGCUGAGCAUGGUAAAGACAUUCUCAACCAGCUUCAUCAGUUGUGGAAGCAGCGGAUCUUGUGCGAUGGUAACAUCAUUGCCAAUGGUCACCAUUUUGCUGUACAUCGCGCUGUGCUUGCUUCCUGCAGUGAGUACUUCAGGUCAAUUUAUCUUGAGAAUGACAACGUCCGUGACGUCCAACUCCACAGUAACAUCACCAAGGACAGUCUGGAGUUGCUCCUGCACUAUGCUUACACCUCUCAGAUAGAACUCACCCUGGAGAAUGUCCGCAAGGUUGUGUCUGGAGCCGUUCAGUUGAAAAUGAAGCGUGUCAUCGACAUCUGCAUUCAGUAUCUGACGUCUGUCCUGGCCGUUGAGAACUGCAUCGGAAUCCUCCACCUCUCCAGGAAGUUCUGUUUCAAGCAGUUGGAGCAGGAUGUGCAUGAGUUCAUCGUUGAUAACUUCUUGACUGUAGCAGAGAGACCAGAGUUCCAGUCCCUCAAGUAUGAUGAUAUGUGUUUUUUCCUCAAGCAAGACCGCAUGUCCAUUGUUUCUGAGUUUCAGCUCUUUGGAAUUGCAGCUCGUUGGAUAAACCAUGAUAAGCAGACAAGAUUCAGACAUGCAGCUCACCUGAUGAAGCACAUUCGAUUCCCAUUGAUAUCAAGUGAUGACUUGGUGGAACACGUCCAGUCACAUGACUUUAUGAUGCAAGAUCAGGCAUGCCAUCGAUUCCUGAUAGAAGCCUUAAACUACCACCUGGUGCCUCACCGCCAGCCGGCCAUGCAGACCCCUCGCACCCGCAUCAGGUCGACCAAGGAAGCCAUCGUGACCAUUGGAGGUGAACUGCCACACCAUAGAGUGAGUAACCUGGUUAUUGCUAUGGAUGAACUACACAGCGGCUGGAAGGAACUAUCUAGGAUGCCUCUGAAGCGGGUGGAUCACUGUGUGGUGGUCCUCAAUCAUUUUGUUUAUGUUGUCGGUGGGCAGGUGACAUUGAACUCCAAUGGCAAGGAGAGCAUUGGGACUGUCCAUCGGUAUGAUCCUAGGUUCAACAAGUGGCUGCAGAUGUGUCCUAUGCAACAGAGAAGAGCAUUCUUCUACUUGGCUGGGGUUGGAGGCAGCUUGAUAGCUGUGGGAGGUAAGAAUGAACAGGGUGCCCUGGCUUCAGUUGAGAUGUUCAAUCCGACAGAGAAUAGUUGGAAAUACCUGCAUCGCUUGGAUGAACCAACAUAUGCCAUGUCUGGAACUGUCGUAGAUGGCCACUUAUACAUCAGUGGAGGAUUUGCCACCCACAACUUCAGCCGGAUGUGCUACAUGUACAACGGAGAGAUCGACCACUGGAUUCCCAAGUGCAAAAUGAGUGUUGCUAGAGGGUUUCACAUGAGCUGCACUAUCCGUGGAAUGAUGUAUGUUAUGGGUGGGAACCAUUUGAACUCCUAUGGAGAUCGGGUUGACGUAAUGGGAGUUGAGCGGUACAACCCUCAAGAAGACACCUGGAUCACCAUGUCACCCAUGCUGACUGGUCUUAGCAUGGCAGGCUGUACAACAACGGAAGACAAGAAGAUCUAUGUUGUUGGUGGCUACAAUGGCCUUGGUCGGCAGCGUGAGAAGGACAUUCAUUGCUACAAUGUAGACGCAGAUGAGUGGGACGUGGUUGCAGAGCUUCCAGACUCGAGUUUAAGAAUGUCUUGUUGCACAUUGACUCUUCCAAAUAGCGUCUUCAACGGAUCAUCUCCUACUGCUGACUCCUUGUCGACUUCAGACUCUCAUUUCACUUCCGUUUCACAGCUGAACGAGAAUUACUCGGGAAUGAGUAACAGUGGAAGUACUGUCUUAAUGAACAGGUAACACAAUAUCAUGUUAAAACCUUACAACGGUUUAUAGUAUACUAGCCAGUUUAACAUUCCAUUGGAGUUUAGUAAUC